AUGGUGGUGGAUGACCAUCCCGUCAUGAGGAGCGGGCUGCGCGACGUGCUGGAGGCCUCGGGCCGCUUCGAGGUGGUGGGACAGGCCGGAGACGGUGAGGAGGCGGUGACAAUCGCCCCGGAACUGAACCCGCAGGUCAUCGUCAUGGACGUGAUCAUGCCGAACAAGAACGGCAUUGAUGCCUGCCGGGAGAUCAUGGAACUCCUGCCCGAUACCAGGGUCAUGAUGCUGACGGCCUCCACCGAAGAGGAUGCGGUGAUUGAGGCGAUUGCCGCCGGAGCCACCGGCUACCUGCAGAAGUACUCGCCAGCGGAGGAGUUGGUGGGGGCCGUGCUGGAUGUGGCCGAAGGGCGGCUGCGGAUACCAGACAAGGUGGUGCGGGAGGUGUUCGCCCUGCUCCGCAGCGGGGGGCUGUCAGCCCGCCGUGGCUCCAACCGGCUGACGGCCCUGGAGCGGGACACCCUGACCCUGUUCGCCAGCGGCCGGUCCUACGUGGAGAUUGCCCAGGAGCGGGGCAACAGCACCGUCACCGUCCGCAACACCCUCUACCGCGUGCAGGACAAGCUGGGCAUCGCGACGAAGCAGGAACUGGUCAUCUGGGCCGUGCGCAACGGACUGGUGGACGAGGUGGCGGUGGGCGCUGAGGUUCCGCCGGUGACGGAGGGGCAGUGA